AUGACAUUCAAAGUGAUGUUCAUUAAUGAAAUAAGUAGGGAAUACCAAUUUUACAAUAUAAUAGCGACGGUUACUGCAAGCCCUAUCGUAGCUACGUUAACUUUUGUAUCGCGAGCUCGAGAAUCUGUACAAAAAGAGCUCUCCAUAAAAAUCCGCUCUCCACUGAGUCAUUAUUUUAUAUUAAAAGUGAACAACUGCAGUGUCCUGAUGUACUGA